UAUUACUCCUAGGCUUUGGUCUCCAGGGUUAGGAAGUGGUUAACCUGAUUUGUGCAAUUAGUUUCUGAGGAUUUUUUCUCUGAUUGAAUGAUGGUAAACCAUCUGUUACCUUAUGCAACAGUCAUGUGACCAUCAUCGACCAAUCAGCUGUUAGGAAUUCUCCCUGGCUGUGAUAUCCUCUUGGGAUUGAUGGGAACACUUUGUGUAUAUUUACUAUGCUACGUUUGCAUGCUUUGGCAUUCUUAUAGGAGAGAGAGAGCAAAGUGGCAGGUGAUAUCUGGUUCAUUUAUUCAUUUAUACAUCUAAAUCAAUUCGAUUUUUUUGAGGAGUAGACGGAUAUAAACUUUUUUACAAAUUUUACAAAUCAUUGGUGGGGUUAUCAUCAGAUGGCCAUUGUUGAUGAAACCGCAAGAGUUCGCUGUAAACUGUACUGAAAUAGUAUGGCACUAUCAGAUGUUGCAUUGAUGGAGUCGCCAGGAGGAACGAAGCGUUUUAACACAGCUGGCAUGGAAGACAAAGAUGGCUGCUCCCAUUUACUUAUUUCAAUGUCUAGUUUGAUCUCUCGUCAGAUUGACUCAUCUCUAAGUGGCUCUUCAAAUAGUCCCUCUGUGGAUGCUAAUGAUGACUGCUUAGCAUGUAAACAAUCAGAGGGUGCUGAGUCUCAGAAUCCCUCCACCUCUGGAAAUAGUUCCAGCGAAAGGUCUCUAGAACAUACAUGUGCCUCGAAGCAACCCCCUAUUGAUAGUGGCGCUGAUCUUAUCCAACGAUGUAUAAAAAGUACUGAGGCUAAGAAAAGGAUUAAAGUAGUAGAAAAGGAGGCUCAGCCGAGGCAAGCUGUCCCUCAAGCACAUUUAAUCAAUUCAAAAGUAUCGAGCAGAGAAUCGAGUAAAAUGCAUGAGGAAAUCAAUCAGGGUGAAAAAAGAGAUGUAAAGGUCGAUAAACAUAUGUUUAAUGUGACUAAUGCUAAUGCCUCAGAGGCCAAACUUACUCAGAAAGCAAUAGUCAAUCCUGCCCUGAUGAACAUCUGUCAGCGGAUUGAAAAGGUGAUCAAAAAGCAUGAAACAUCAGAAACUGUUGGAUCAGAUAAAGAAACUCAGUCUUCAGUUAUAAAAGCCCCUAGCCCAGGCGGAGCGCUGCCCUACCCUCACAUUGCCCCUUACCCCCUCCCUAUGGGUCUACCUUCCCGCACUUACCCCUUGGAUGUUCCCCUCCAAUCAAAGUCUGAGGUGCUUAUUCACCAAGCUUCAAUGAGUCAGAGUUCAAGUGCUUCGCCCCCUAGUAGUUCAUCUAAGAGGCAUAAACAUGCUUUGUCUCCUCCCUCUUCUAGCCCAAGUACUCAAAGAAUUGACGUCAAACAAGACGACAGUACCUGCACAAUACAGAGAGAAUCCACAAUUCAUCCAGCUGAUGUUUCUCAUUUACAGCGUUACCAUAGCAACAGUCCUAGUGUUAUUCAUGCUAGUGGAUUAUUAAGCAGAGAAAGCACUGGAACGUCUCAGGCCUCAAUGACAUAUCCGAGUCAUUCCACAUUCUUGCCUACUCAGGCGAUAUAUGGCCAACCCCCCAUCCAUUACCCUCCAGUCGGCUUAGGAGGAGUUAUUCGGCCCAUGCCUACCAUAGUUCAAGGAUUUCACACAGGAAUAUCUCCUUUGCUCAAGUCUCCCCUAGUAUCAAGGCCUAUUGACCCAAGGGCUAUGCCACCUUAUCCCCAAAAUAGGGAUAUUUUAACACUAACACCAGAAUGGGUUAGGACUCCUUUAGAUAAAAAUAGACCCAGUGCGACAGGUGAAACGACACACGUCUCGACAGGUAAACAAAAUCUCAGUUUGGAUAGAGAAGGUAGCUAUGAGAGAGAAAGGUCUGUAGAGGGUCCUAGAAUAGGGAGCCAAUUCCUUAAUAAAGAACGAGAAAGGUCCCCGAUAGAAGAUCCUAGAGUAGAUAAGCCUCACCUCUCAAAAGACCAAGAAAGGUAUUCCAUUGAUGGUCUCAUGAUUGAUAGAUCUCAUCUCACUGCAGAACGGCAAAGUUCCCCAAUAGAUGAUCCUAGAAUAGAAAGACCCCUUCUCACAAAUGACCAAGAAAGGCCCCUUAUGCUAGAACCAAGGCUCCUUUCCCAUAGGCUACUCCUUACUCCCUCUUCUACCACUUAUGGGCCUCAGCAGGAAACUAACAUCAAAAACAGCCCAGGACAAUCAAAAAUGCGACGUCAAGCUUCCCCUGUAAAUCCAUCACAUGCUGACACCUCUAAGAUGCCACAAGCGUCAUUCAAACAUAGAAUUUUAGAUACUGCUCUUGAUUUGUCCAUAGCUCGAAAUUCCCCUCAGUCUGAACCUGAACAACAGAACACCGCUAAACUGGAGACCGCAGUUUCAAAUGAUUCUCCACCUGUCACCACAGAGAUCAUGGAUAUUGUUAAAGAAAUUGAAACAUUACCGAUGGAGAGUCGAAAUUUGAUAAAUGUCUCGUCACAUGUCAUGCUACCUCCAAAGAAAAAAGGCUGGUCCGCCUAUGUGGACUUUGGUGAUCUUCCUGAUUCAAAUGUAAACAAACCCACUAGAGCAAGUUCCACCCCUCCAGGCGGGGCUACCCUUAAACGGACAUCUGAAGAGGCGGAGCUUGAGUCUGAUUUUCUAACAAAGGUUGUGAAACCGAACAAGCCCAGUGCAUCAACAUCUUCAAGUAGCUACAGAAGUGUCAGUGCAAAUAGUAGCGACAGUGAUGAACGCUCAACAGGGAGCUCGAUUGAAGAAAAACAUGAUUCUGUGACUUUGGAUUCAAUUCCUGAGCAAAUACCCAUUGAGAAGAGCUCUGGUGUGCAAUGGGCAACUCCAGAUCAGGAAACUUCAAAACUAGAUUCAGAAGUGACAAAAACUUUUACAUCAAGCAUUAAAUCAAACUCAGGAACCCAAAAAACUGUAACACCUGCAUUAAAAAAAUCGGUGUCUAUGGAUGAUGGACAUUGUAAAGCUGUAGACCUUAUCGAAUUGAUUAUAGAGCGAGGUUUUAGUGGAGGUCGUAUCGAGGAUUCAAAUGAACAGUCGGGGAAAUUUGGUAACUAUGAUCAUUUACUAAGAAGGAUUCCGCCAUCACCCCCUCCAUUCACAAGCAGCUUAACUAACAUCUUUUCAACUCCGACUAUACAUAAACCAUCCAAUCAGAACACUCGUGUUCAGUCAUCACAGUCAACUAAGAUCUCAGGUACGAUAACCCACUUCGAUUCGGUUAAACAGCAAACUGUUCCUUCGACAAGUUCAGCCAAUCGGGAGGCUGUUUCUCAUAACGCCAAUCAGGGUAAAGUUCCUGUAGAAAAGGAGUCCCAUAUUUCAAAUGUAGUCAAGGACCAAAUAUGGGCAUCAGGCAGUGAUUUGUCGCUCUCAACUCAUGAUAAGCAAUCUCUGUCUAAAAAUAAACAUAUUGGACAAUCGGCAUCUUACCCCUCGUUGCUUCAACAUGGAAAAGACGAGCAAGAGAAUAUGGAAUCACUUUCCCAGAAAAGAUGUCACUCACUGAAUAUGAUUCAGUAUUUAAAGAAUAUGGAUAUACAGGAACAGCCUGAUCAAUUCACUUAUCAGAGAUUGUAUUCACAGUUCAAAAGGAUGAAGGACUCUGUUGGGAAUACUAGCCCAACAGGGCAAUCUGGUGUGUACUCGAAUGAACCAGAUAAAACUGGUUCUGUGACUAAACAGGACACUUCUGGUUCACAUUCAAGUCAAUGGAAAUAAUUCUGCAUUUUGAUUAUAAUACUAAAUGUCAUGCACGUGAUUUAACUUCUUGAAUACCAGGCUCUAAGCAGGGGUGAUCCUGAAAGAAAAAUCAAUUUUGAAAUUUUCAAUUUUUUAGAAAAAAUACAAAUGAAGGCCCAAAAUUAAAAAAGUAUGCCCAGUAAUGCCAGUUUGUUAUCUAAAUUGCCCAAUUGACAGGAUUUUGGGGGUUUCAUGACCGCAACUGCUAAGAGGGCUUUGAAACCGCAGAGUCUUAUUAUUUUUUGCCAGAUUUAGAGUUGCUGACCAUAUGGCAUGGAGAUGUUCUAUUUUGCAGAUUUGUACAUACUUAUAUGUAUAGAUCGACUACACAUCUCUGGCUUCCCAAGAAUUUUCAUUUGUAAUGAAAAUAUCAUCCAUUCUGAGUAUUCAAGAGAUUGAAAUGGUACAUUGAAAGGGUACUGAAGAAGUUCAUGACUGGUAAAAUAGAUUGGAAAAAUAAAUUGUUUGGUGUAUAUUGAAAAUAUCAGCCAUUCUGAGUGUUGAAAAGGUUGAAUUGAAAAAUACAGUAAAACCUGUGUAUAUUGAACAUUUUUUGCUAAGAAUAAAUGUUCAGUGUUGCUAGGCAUUCACUACAGAGAGUGUAAUUUAUACAGAAGUCAG